UUGAACUGGUCGAGAAUUUAGGAUUUUGAGCGGAAAAUCUAAAUACGGAAACGAAUGAAUUACUCAAGGACCCCAGAUCCCUUUACCACAGAUAAUAAAUUUACUUGGGAUUGAACAACGCAGGUCUAAGACCACCAUGGAUAAAUAUAGUAAACUUGUUGUGGGGAUCAAAGUUGACAUCCAACGAACCGACGGCCGUAUCCACUCAUCUAUGAUUAGUGGCGUAAACCUGGACACCAAGAGUGUUACAGUAGAGUGGUAUGAGAAUGGAGAAACCAAAGGGAAAGAGAUUGAAGUCGACCAGAUCUUUGCACUUAAUCCAACUCUUGUAGUUCAGCCAAAACAAAAACCCACUCCAUCAAAUAAAAGGAUAUCUACUACACCAACUAACAAGAAUGCAAGAAAUGAAAAUCACAGUGCUCCUUCACCUAAAGUUCAUCCACCAUCAGCCAAAGUUGAACGUCCCGUGGCACUCAACCUUGCUAAUGAUGAUGAUGGUGACUCACGUGGGGACGCUGCACAAAUAAAGGAGAGCGCAGAGUCUUAUCCAGUGAACAGAAGACGCUCUAAUUGUGUAAAGGAAAUUGAGCGUUUAAAAAAGAAUCGAGAAGAAAGAAGGGCGCAACAACAAGAGCAAAGGGAAAUGAAACUGCGUCUUCAACAAGAAGUGGAUCCUGGAAAUCCAAACUGGGAAUUUAUACAAAUGAUAAGGGAGUAUCAAGCAGAUUUAGAUUUUAAAGGGCUGACAAUGUCGGACCCGGUGAUAGACCACCAGAUUUGUGUAUGUGUCCGUAAACGACCACUGUCCAAGAAAGGUACGUGUUUAUACUUGUCUGUUUAUUAUUGAUCAUUCCAACCUUAUAUCAGAUAGUUCGUUCAAUCCAAGUAUUGCAAUUCCAUAUUUGUUGUUCUUUGUUUUGGUGAUGAGGGCAGCAGCAAAAACCCACUGAUUUUAAUAAGGAUCUUGAGUUAUGUAAUUGCAGUAGAGCGGUUUUCAAUUGAGUGUCGUAAAACCAAAAUCACACUAAUGACUCUAAC